GGUAAGAGAGGAAAUAUAUCUUUACACUUUUUAUAAACAAGAAAUGCCCAUGGUCAAAAAUCUGGAAAAUGUUCAUCAGGAAUUGAUGGAUAUUGCUCGACAAUCAAACAAACUCUCGUAUACCAAGUAUAGUUUUGGUGAUGUUGAAAAAUUGCAAAAUCGACUUCGUCUCAUUGAUUCACAGUACAAUGAAGCUCGGUUCAGAGAUAUGACUUCGGAUAAUGGGUGUUACGAGGAGGAAGGUCAAGCUCAAGUCUCUGAUGAGUUGGUCAAGGUUCACAAGACACUUCGCAUUAUGCUUACUCGCAUUGAUAAUUGAUAUUUUCUCUGUUGGGUCGGGCUCUUCGCUUGUCUCAAGACUUGCAAAUGCAUACAUACCAUUUUUUGUUAUUCUUUUAUCUUCACCUUCCACCUGGUUUAUAAUAUUAUUCUUUAUAAAAUCAAUAAAAUGCAACAUGCAAUGC